CAGGCCGGCAUCCUGCCACUUCUCCCUUGCUCUGUACGUAGAUUCGACUCUGGCCUGUCACGAUGCGGCUCCGGCGUGCCAACACCAGCCUACUGCUCGGGGCCCUUGUUGCCUCGCUGGCAGAGGCGACGCCCUCGACGACUCUGGCGCUGGGCCCUACCGAGGCCGCAGCCUGGUACCGCGCCCACGACAUCUUCAAUGCCGUCCACAACGCCAUGCGGCAGUGGGGGUCCUCCCUCCACCACAACGGCAUGUCCUUCUUCCUCGCACGCAUCCCCGAGAACGUGCUGCUGCACCACGGCAACGACAGUCCAGACACGCCCCUCGGCCGUCCAGACUGGGUGGCCUUUGAAAUUGAGCAUGCAGAGCAGUUUGCGCGGCCCAGGAGGAGACGUCCGGCCGCAGACCCCGCUGCGGGCGGAUAUCUCCACACCUACCGCACCACAAAGCCCAUGACGUUCCUGUAUGUCGACGGCAUGGGUGCCGGCAAGACCGCCAUGGGCACGCUCGACUUGCAAGACUACGUCCUGCGGGCUCUCGAGAACCAGUCUGAGCAUCUGCACGCCGAGGUGCAUGACCACGCACCACAACACGGUCACAACGGCGAUGACGGCCUGUCGGAGCUCCGGCGUCGUGGCCAGGUGCCAGCCCGUGACGGAGAAGAGGAACCUCCACGACCUUCCGGCCCUUUUGACGAGGUCGGCCGGGCUGCAGACAUCUGUUCCCUCUGCAAGGAAUGGGGCCUGCAGGGCGCCAUCCGCAUGGAAGCCGGCUUCGAGGUCAUCAAGUGCGACUUCUCUGAUGGAUUCGAACAGGUGCAAGCACUCCAGCGGCCAGCCCGCAGCUUUCCCACACCAGGGCAGCAACCUCCGGGCCAGGACCACCCACAUGCGCCUUUUGGGAGCUUCGGGAGCCUGGAGUAUCUGCGUGGUAUUUCGGAGCGGUACCACGGCAUCGGAGGCGGCCGAGUGUCUAUCGAUUACUCCUCCAUGGUGUCUGCCUUCUUCUUCCCCGUGGACCUGUCCAACCCGGAUCCCACGCGGCCGGACUUGCCCCGCCUUCUCAACGUCACGGCCCCCGAGCGCAAGGCGAUCAAGACGUACCUCCUCGAUACCAUUGCCAAACGCCAUCGCAAAGACUCCCUGUUGAUGCCACCGUCAAUAGACUGGCAGAGCAUCUCAGACAUGAUUGUCGGGCGGUACGGUGAUCGCAUCAGGUUCAUGGCUGAAGAGAUCGACGACCUGGAACUCAUGAGGGAGGAGAUUGUGUUCCUGAUGACGCUGUUCAUUGACUACUCAUCUUCUCAGCCGACGCAGCAGGAGCCAGACAUGGACGCAGCGAUCAAGAGGUGUACGCACUUCUAUAUUCCGGACCUUGCCGCCAUAUCUCGCAGCAUGCAUGCCACUGAGGCUGACCGCCUGAUCCACGUCGCGUUUACCCGUGUCACAGGAGACAUCUGCAAGACGCUGAUACACAUGCACACCGUCAUCACUGCCGCAGACUCCUCGAUCGCUGCAGAUGCCUCAUUCUCGCAAGACGACGACGUUGGCCAGGCGACCACGACAGCAGCGGCAACGCGACAGUCGCGCGCCCGAAAAGACGCCCUCGCCAGAACCAAGUCCCUCGCGCGCGAGCUCGUGAGCACCCUCAACUGGGCGCACUUCAAGCAGUGCCGGCCGGGCUGCGGGCUCAGCGAGGUGUGCAUCGUGCCAAUGUGGCCGAUGGGCACGGUCGACGAGUACGAGUCGCCCCGGUGCGCGAACCAGUCCGACCCAGGGUGGGCUGGGGGGAAGCGGUACUGGGCAGACCCUCGGCCCGGGCCUCCGACGGGAACGCCUGUCCCUGAUCGGCAGCAUGGCGCAGAGCGAGGAGGAAGCCAUGAUGAUGAGGGAGACAUUGACGGGGCACAUGAUCAGUGGUCCCGGGAACUUCGUUGACAAAAAAACGUAGCUGUUUAUAUAUGGCCGGCGUUGGCGAAGAGCAUGGUGGGCGUUUUCACGGAUUACACUAAGAAGGUUA